AUGCUGCUGGAUCUGUCAAAGUGCAACCUGAGGAGCCUGGAGGAUUCUGACGUGAUCCUAGAGAAGCUGAUCGAGCAGAACGCAGACUACACGAGCGUAACCUAUCUAGACGCAUCCAACAAUUCCAUCCGAUCGCUAAAAGGACUCAGAUGUUUUGAAAAUCUGAAGAUCUUAAACAUCUCACACAAUUUUUUAACGUCCUUGGAUGGAGAUUUCAUCCCUUCCUCGACUGAAAAGAUAAUAGCUCACCAUAACGACCUAACGGAUAUAUGUUUUAAGGGGGUGAAGAAGUUAUCGGGGGGGAGUGAGAAGAAAAAGGUGCCAAGGGAUUACAUCGAUCCGGGUGAAAUAAACCAUGUGGGUAAACAUAACGGCGGUAUAAACCCUACGAGGACCUCUUGCCCCGAAGACAAAGGAGAAGAUUCACCCUAUUCUUCCUACAAUGAUACGUAUACAAAUCACGUACUAAAUGAAAAAGUGUUUUACACGAAUAGAGACUUGCCGCUAAACAGGUUGGCAUUCCUCGAUGUGAGCUUCAACAAGAUAAAGAAGCUGACAACCUUUGAGAGGUACCUGCACAUAAUCAAUAAAAAGAAUCGAGAGAGAAGCGUCGAAGGAGGGUACUCCGAUGAAGGACACAUAAAAGAUUUUAUCACAAAUAAGACGGAGCAAGAUGUUAUGCUUCUUUUUUUUAACUCCCUGGAUACUCUCUACCUUCGAGGGAAUAAACUAACCAACUUAAAAGGAUUGAGUGUGUUCAGAAAUCUGAAGGUUCUGGAUCUCCGUUCUAAUCUCAUUAACCACCCGGUGCAAUUGUUUUACCUCCUCGAUAACAAAAACUGGCUGAAGCAAUACAAUAAGAAGGCUUUGAGGAGGGAGGAUGUGUCGUCUUCGUUCUCUCCCCCCACCUCUAGUCGAUGUUAUUCGUACUUCCUUUCCAUUUUGCAGAGGUACAGAAAUUUGAAGUGCCUACAGAAUGUAUUCCUGCGGGGGAACCAGCAUGUGGUCAGACCCAAGCAUCUCUUCCUCAGCGUCUGCGAUGUGCUCAGGUGCGCCAACACGCGAGGGCGGUUCACCACGGACGUCGCCGUGGGGGGGGAGCGUGAAGGGGAUGCCUUAGCGGAGGAAGAUGAAUUGGGUGACGAAGUGGAGGAAGAUGAAUUGGAUGACAAAGCGGAUGCGGUAAGUGAAGAAGAUGAAUUGGGUGACGAAGCGGAUGUGUUAGGUGAAGAAGAUGAAUUGGGUGACGAAGCGGAGGAAGAUGAAUUGGAUGACAAAGCGGAUGUGUUAGGUGAAGAAGAUGAAUUGGCGGAUGCGGUAAGUGAAGAAGAUGAAGUGGGUGACGAAGCGGAUGUGUUAGGUGAAGAAGAUGAAUUCGGUGACGAAGCGGAUGUGUUAGGUGAAGAAGAUGAAUUGGGUGACGAAGCGGAUGUGUUAGGUGAAGAAGAUGAAUUCGGUGACGAACCGGAGGAAGCUGACGAUGUGGACGAAGCGCUGGAAGCGGAGGGAGAGGAAGAACUGGUGGACGAUCUCCUCAGCGCCACCAACAACCGAGAGGCAAGGGAAACGCAGGAGACGGCGUCGGAGGGUGGAUACCUAGACCAGGGGUACUCAUACGGCGAUCACGCAGAGGGGGAACACUCACACGGGGGACACACAAAGGGGGGACACACAAAGGGGGGACACUCAGAUGGGGCAUAUUCCGAUGGUGGCUACUCCGAUGGUGACCGCUCAGAUGGUGGCUACUCAGAUGAUGGCUACUCCGAUGGGGGCGAUUUAGACGAGGUCUACUCAGACGAAUCCCUCAUCGGAGAGGACUUCCUCGGAAUGUCUGUCAGCGAUAGGGGGGAGGACCCGGAGGGAAGGGUGCAGAAGUUAAUAAAGACGGUGGAGGAGAGCCUUGCGGAGAGUUUAGAAGACAGCUUGGAAGAGCGAUUGGAGGAGAGCUUGUCGGCGAACCAGACAAGAGGAGAGCAGAAUGGAGGAGAUAAAGUGAGCGAUUCAAACAAAUUGGCGAAAAGAACGAGACUCCCGAACGGAGCAGAUCAGAUGGAGGAGACGAGUGCAUACCGAUACCUAAGGGAAGAGAGGGACGACGUAGACGAGGAGGAAGCAGACUGGGAGGAAGUACGCGAGGAUGACUUCCCAUCGGAGGAAGUACGAGAGGAGACUAACCAAUUGAACGACCUACGCGAGGAUGCCGUUUUAUUGAAGGACCUACGCGAGGAUGCCGUUUUAUUGGAGGACCUACGUGAGGAGACCAUCCCAUCGGAGGAACAUAUAGAGGAGCUAAUUAACAGCAUAAACCGACGCGUGUCCACGAAUGCGUCGAAGCUGGUAACCCCCAUAAGUGGAAGGAUAAAAGAUGAUGUGAAGGAGCGACGUUUCUGUGAGAAGGAACCUCCCAUGAUGGAAGGAAGCGACAGGAAAGUGAUUAAUGAGAUGGGAAAAACCCAGGGGGUGAGGGUUUCAAGCGUAGAAGGGGAAAAUGGAUCGACGUAUGAAGGGAUGGUCAGGCAGGAGGGGCUCAGUGAUUCGUCUUGGGAGGAAGGAGAAGCCGACGAAUCGGAUGUGGAUGGUGUGGAAGGCGAUGGAAUCGAAUCCGAGGUAGUGGUAGCCGAUGGAGUGGUAGCCGAUGGAGUGGUAGCCGAUGGAGUGGUAGCCGAUGGAGGGGUAGCCGAUGGAGUGGAAUCCGAUGGAGUGGUAGCCGAUGGAGUGGGAUCCGAUGGAGUGAAAUCCGAGGAGGACAGCGAAUCAGAACAACCCGCCGCUUCUCCAAAUGGCCUGAUCCACGUUUUCCGAGAGCGCAGCGGCAGGGGAAGCGCAGUGAAUGUCGAGGAGGACGAAACGAGUUGCUCCUUCUCCUCCGUCGCGAAUGCCAACCAGGCGAAGAACGUAUUAAAGGAAAUCCUAAUCAGCAGCAAGGCGGUGGAAAGGUACAGCUCUAAUGAUUCUUCCUCCAUGGGCAGCGACGUUUUUGAGGUCGACUCGGAUGAGGAGAGCACGGCGGGAGAGGACACUACACGGGAGGAGCCAACAUGGGAGGAGCUAACGCGGGGGGAUAUUACACGGGAGGAGCCAACAGGGGAGGACACUACACGGGAGGAUACUACACGGGAGCAGCCAAUAAGGGAGGACACUACACGGGAGGAUACUACACGGGAGGAUACUACACGGGAGGAUACUACACGGGAGCAGCCAAUAAGGGAGGAAACUAGACGGGAGGAGCCAACAAGGGAGGACACUAGACGGGAGGAAACUAGCCGGGAGGAGCCAACAAGGGAGGACACUAGACGGGAGGAAACUACACGGGAGGACACUAGACGGGAGAACACUAGCCGGGAGGAGCCAACAAGGGAGGACACUAGACGGGAGGAAACUACACGGGAGGACACUAGACGGGAGGAAACUAGCCGGGAGGAGCCAACAAGGGAGGACACUAGACGGGAGGAAACUACACGGGAGGACACUACACGGGAGAACACUAGACGGGAGGAGCCAACAAGGGAGGACACUAGACGGGAGGAAACUACACGGGAGGACACUACACGGGAGAACACUAGACGGGAGGAGCCAACAAGGGAGGACACUAGACGGGAGGAAACUACACGGGAGGACACUACACGGGAGGAAACUAGCCGGGAGGAGCCAACAAGGGAGGACACUAGACGGGAGGAAACUACACGGGAGGACACUACACGGGAGAACACUAGACGGGAGGACACUACACGGGAGAACACUAGACGGGAGGACACUAGACGGGAGGACACUAGACGGGAGGAUAUCAUACAGGGACAGAGUAAACCGGGGGAAAGGAAACCGUGGGAGAGUAACCCAGGGGAGAGUAAAUCAGGGGAGACUAGACAAGGGCAGGCUAAACCGGGGCAGACUAAACAGGUGAAUAAUCGGAGCGGAAAAGGAGUGGGUGCAGAUCCAAUGAGGGUUGCACCAAAGGAGGGUGCACAUGCCGAUGAAGCGUUAACUGCACGUAUGAGGAGGGAACACAAACGUGGAGAAGGCAACGGAGGAGUCCCCCCCAAGGAAGGCAACGGAGGAGUCUCCCCCAAGGAAGGCAACGGAGGAGUCCCUCCAAAAGAAGGCAACGGAGGAGUUACCCUCAAGGAAGGCAACGGAGGAGUCCCUCCAAAAGAAGGCAACGGAGGAGUUACCCUCAAGGAAGGCAACGGAGGAGUUACCCUCAAGGAAGGCAACGGAGUCCCCCCCAAUGCGCGAUUCUGUAGAGACCCCGUGGUAAGAAGGGGCAUUCGAGUAGACAAAAUGAGGAGACCAGAUAAACCAAAUGAUGAGAAAAUAAAAUGGUUAAUUAAAAAGAUGACUCUCAAUGAUGAAGUCUAUGUGGAGAAUUCAAAGACAGCAAAUGAUGGGGAAGACGGAAAAAAAGACUGUCUUGAUGGAAGGAGAAAGCCAAGAUGUGGAGGCAACUCUGUCUUGCUGAUGAAGGGAAUACCUAGCGGGAGAAUCAACGUGGAAGAUGCACCAAUAGAGAACAACACACUGAAGAGAGAGAACCAAAGGAUGUAUAAUAGUGCAGCGAGUGGAGCGGUGGAAGAGGAAAGAAGCAUUUCCAGGGAGGGAGAAAGGAAUGAGGCAAAACUGGGUAGCAGCCAGAUGCAGGCGGAGGAGAGGAAGAGGGAGGAGGAGAGGAAGAGGGAGCAGGAGAAAAAGAAGGAGCAGGAGAAGAAGAAGGAGCAGGAGCAGGAGAAAAAGAAGGAGCAGCAGCAGAAGAAGGAGCAGGAGGAGAAGAAGAAAGCGCUGAUGGGGUUGCUAAAAUUAGACCUACGUAAAGGCCAAAAGGGGAAGAGACUUGACAGAGUAGACAAGGAUAACGACCCAUGUGUGUAUAAAUCGAAGGAUAAAAAAUGCGGUGACUACUGUGGAUCAGUGAAAUCCGAGUCAACAGACGUAACCGAGAGGGAUUCACAUAAGCAUGUCCUCAAGAGGGAGGAGAAGCUCCACAUCAAUUUCCCAUACGGCAAAGACUUGGGAGAGCUUCACACCUUCGGGGAGCUGCAUAGGCCGAGGGGGAUCAGCGUCUACACGUACCCGAUUCGCAUAGAGGGAGUCGCGGCCGUAGGAGGGGGGGGCGCAGAAAGAAGCGGAGGGGGAAGAAGCCAUGACAAAGAAGGCAACGAGGGAAGCAAUAAAGAGGGAAGCAACCACGAGGAAAGAAACGGCGACGAAAGCAACGACGAAGAAAGUAAUCACGACGAAAGUAAUCACGACGAAAGCAACCACGAUGAAAGCAAUCACGAGGAAAGUAACCACGACGAAAGCAAUCACGAGGAAAGUAACCAUGACGAAAGUAACCAUGACGAAAGCAACCACGACGAAAGCAACCACGACGAAAGUAACCAUGACGAAGAAAGAAACUGCGAACAACGCAGCCGUGAUGAAUUAAACAACCGUGGAGAAGAACCCCUCCAGGGCCCCUCCCCCUCCAGCAGCGCCGAAAUUUUGCGGAGACUGAGCAAUCUGCAAGCGUCAGGCGAGAAGGACGCAACCCUCAGAAACAGCCUGGCCCUGUACCUCAAGGAAGUCUGCCUCACGCUGGGCAAAGAAAAACAACAGAGCGACAUUCUUUUAGGCCAAAAUGAGAAGCUUCAGACCGAAAUAAAGCAGUUAAAAGAGAGUAAGAAAAAAUUAAAGACGAAAAUGAAGAAACUAGAAGACUGUUACAAGAAAAAGUGCAAAGUUGUCGAGAAAUACCAGCACAUGAGGGAGAGGUUCAAAUUGAUCGAGCAGGAUGAGGUGGGCAUACCCGAUGAUGACAUGGAUCACCAGAACAAAUACAUCGAGAACGCUAUGGAGCAGCUCUACAACGUAUUCUCCGACGUGUUUGGGGAAAACCACGUAAUGACGAAGAGAAUAGAAAGCCUAGCCAAUGUGUACAUAAAAAAGGAGAAGAGCGUGGAAAUACAAAUGGUCACCCAGAGGAAGCAAUUGGAGCUUCUAAAAAACGUGGAGGAAAUCGUAAAAAAGAAAAACGAGUACUACUACGAGCUGCAAAAGAAGAACGAAAUCAUUACCAGCUUAAAUAGCAAUUUGGCCAAAAUAACACAAAGCGUCGCGGACAUGAAGAAUGGCGUUCUCGAAAGCGAAAGGAAGAUGAAAGACUUGACGACGGAGCUGGCAAAGAAGGAUGCCCUCCUAAAAGAAUUCGAAAGAAGAAACAGCCAAAUGAUGGACGAAAAGGAGAAGCUGUUUCAGAAGGAACGAGCGCGGCUGCUGGACUUACUCAAUGGUAAAGACGAAAACGUCAAAAGCGUGAAGCAGUACAAAGAAGAAAUAAAAUGCCUGGAAGACAAACUGAAAGACUAUUUGGAUCGCAAUGUACACAGAAUACACGACAAGAACUACGAACUUAUGGUAGACAAGCUGCACGACGAACAAAUAAAAAUGCAUUCCCUGCUGACCGAGAAGGAAAAAAUCAUUAACGAGAAAAACAUCCAAAUUGAGAAUUUGGAAUCCCAGUUGCAGUCCUGGGCGGACGAGGCCACCAACUGGGUGGUCGUUGCGGACAAGCACACCAAACUGAUAACAAACCAUAACAUAUUAAAGAAAAACUACGAAGAGCUCAAAUACAAAUACAUCAUGGACAUGAAAUACGUCCAAACGAACAAAAACGAGAAAGUGAAGGAGCUGAUACGGAAAUAUGCAUAG